AACACUUCCCUACAACAGUCCGUUUAGUCACCGAGUGCUUUCUUCUUUGUCGGACUCGAUCAAGUCGCAAAUAUUCGGUGUUGGCCUGAGCGCACUUCUUCUCGGCCGGCCGCCAAUUUUUUUUCUCCUUCGAGUGGAGUUCAUUUCUUCCUGCAGCUGCGUUUGUUUAUUCCUUUGCGCAACGCAACGGCAAUGAAGCAGCAAUGAACGUGCCUUACUUCGAGGCCUCGCAGACGGCACAGCACGUCCACCUGGAUGUCCGCCUUCCCUCGGAGUUCCGCCUCGAAGACGUCAAGGUGGUAUUGGACGCGAGCGAGGCAGCACCGCACCAGCAGCAGCAGCAAGGAGGGCGCCAGGAGCAAAUCUUUGGCCUGACAUGCCCUCCCUACUACCUCCCUCUCGUCUUUGCACCGGGCACUUUUGUGGGAGGAUCCUAUCCUUCUGAGCAGCAGCAGCAGCGCGCAGUCGACGUCAGCAGGACAGGCGAUGGGCUACGGGUCAGCCUGCUGAAGGCGAGCCGCGACGAGGAGGUGGCUGGACUGGACAGGCUCAAGGCGCAGGUCUUUCCCGGUGCUGGCGAAGAAGCGCAGCGGCUCGAAGGGCUUGCGAUGCUCCAGCGGGGAGUCGAGAUGAUGAAUGCGCCAGAUACAGAUGCGGAGGCAACAAUAGCAGAGGAAGGGGCUGCUGCGACUGCUGCCAUUGGAAAGUCACUCUCGAUGCCAAUGCCGCCAUCGAUCGAAGAAGGCACGAACUCGCGGCUUCACGAGUGCUUCCAAUCGGACUCUAGCGAAGAGAAAAAACUAGCCGAUCACUUGGCUCGGGACGACGAGAGAUUCGACGAGGGAAUGUACAUGGAGAGCUAUGUGGAUCCAGAGGGCGAAAUAGCCUCUUUGCUGUCGCAAACCGACCUGACACCUCCGCAAGAGGGAAGAAGAGCACUUUCAGGACCAGGAGCAAGGCUUCUUGUCGACGCGGACACCGAGACGGCCAUGCGUUCCCUGCUCAUCAUCCUUCUUGAGCUCGUCGUUGCGACAGUGUAUGACCGUGUGACGACAUGGUCCGAUCCCUCGCCAGAAUCCGGUUGGACCAUCUCCACGCUUUGUCCCGUUCUGGUAUCCUCUCUCGCUCCGUCAACUACGAGCACUGAGGCUGAUCGGGGAUGGACACUAGACACGAUGCGGCUGCUGUUCCGAAGGAUGCUGUCGAGACCGCUCUAUCGCAGCUGGGAACUGGCGAUGCAUGUCUCCCAAUUGACGAUCAAGGGACUGCAGGAUCGACCGCUGGACUGGCUUGCCGUGACGAGGGAUCGAUUGAAAGAAUAUGCAGAGUCGUCAAACGAGGAAGUUGUCGUGCAGGCGUACCUCGACGCGACUGUGGAGCCCCUCAUCAGCCUCGUCGAGUCCGGCUACUUUUCAGCCGAGCAUCUGAACAGCCUGGCGAUUGAUGCAUCGCAAUCACUGGCUUCGCUCUCACGGGACUUCGUUGGCGGCGAUGCCUGGCAGCUCGAGGCAUUGGAGGCGGCUGCAGACGAAGCCGUGGCCUCGGGCGAGGGUGGCUGGGUGUAGCAUCAGGGCUUAUUGCGGUGCCAAGCUACUAAGAUCCACUCCAUCACGGCUCCUGCUGUCACCCAUCAUCAUCUUGCUGCUGCCUGUCUUCAUCAAGCGCGCACACCCAAUUUACAAAUUAGGACUGCGUCUUAGCAUCGAGAAAUCUUUAUCGGGAAUCGGGCUGCAAUUUUUACCGUUUGAAA